CAUGUUAGAGUAAUUUUUUUUAAGAAGAAACCUCUUCAGAGACUGUGUCAUUCGUCAACACGAGGACGAGAGAAUAGGACGUGAGAGACAGAGAAGAGCAAUGGUUGAAUUCAGAUGGAUUCAAAUGUCUUUAUUCCUGAUCCUGAUGCUUCAGUUUCCAGCAACAACUGGACAACCUUCAUCUGUCACUGCCAGAUUUGGACAUGAUGUCACUUUGUCUUGUGGAAAUGUGAUAGAUGGACAGAAGAACUGUGACGGUACUAGCUGGACGUACAUGGAUUCAAUAGAAGAAGAAACAGUAGUUCUGGUUGAAUUUGGAGAGAUCAGAUCUAAACCAGACAGACUGAGAGUUACAACAAACUGUUCUCUAGUUAUAAAGAAGGUCACAGAUGAUGGUGUUGGUCUUUACACCUGCAGAAAGUUCAAAUCAGGACGACAACAAGGAGCAGGGAUUAGGGUUAGUCUGUCUGUCAUGAACAUGACUGAACGUGAGGACAAUGACAAAGUCAUCUGGUCCUGCUCUGUGUUGGAUUAUUAUCCAUGUAGUCACACAGUGGAGUGGCUGUAUGAGGAUGAAGAGGAAAUACCAGACAUGCAAAUAUCGCCAGGACCUUGUUCUGACACCGUGACAUUUCCAUCAUCUCACCUUAAUCAGAGCAUUUAUGAGUUAUUGAAGUGUAAAGUGACAAAUAUUUACACUGAUGGCGUUCAGCUGUUCACCUUCAGCCCUCAGUCCUCAGGUGAAGAUGCAACGACAAAAUCACCACCAACAAAAACAACACAAGGUGGACAUGCAACGACAAAAUCACCACCAACAAAAAAAACACAAGAACAACACCCUGAAGCCAAAACACAUUCACAUUCUUCCCAUUUGUUGAUCUCCAUCAUUGUGUCUGUGGGUUUAGCAGCACUCUUAAUAGCUGUUGUUGCUGUCCUCAUGUGGAUUAAAAGUAAAGAGAACAAGGCACAGAUGGAAGAAAACGCUGUGCUGAAUGAUGAAGGUGAAGGUUCAAUGAUGUAUGAAAACCCUGGAGUCCCUUCUGCUAUAGUCAGACUCCACUGAUCAACAACUUCAACAUCAACUCACCACAAAGACGAGUCCACUGCUGUUAAACAUCAUCUCAUCACAUCUUCAUCUUAUUUGGUUCUUUCUUAUUUUUGUGUUUUUAAUUUUUGAACCAGCUGUAAAAACCUUUUCAUCUACAGUUAGAUUAGUAUAAACCACUGAACUGUAUCUCCAUAUAACAAGAAAUAUAAUCGAGAAGAAUUAUGUGUAUCGUUGUCAUAUUAAUGCUGUCUGUAACGAUUUAUCCUUGUGACUGGUUAAAUAAAUAAAUCACUGAGUACUGAUGAUCA